GAAAGGAAUCCCGGAACAUGAUUAGCUGUUGGCUGUAAGAUUGCCAGUCGCUUCCUUAUCCUUACAACGGGAUCAAUUUGUGCCUUCAAGUCAAUUUAGACGGCCCUGAUGUAGAUAUAUAUGGGUUGACAUUCAUAUUAUCGUGUAAGACCAUUCAUCAAUUAUAUAAGAAAUCUGCCAUCUAUUACAAUCAGACAUCCAGCUUGGUGAUGGCCGAAGAAGGCGUGCAGUUGUUUGGGAAUUGGGCAAGUCCUGCUGCUCUAAGAGUUAAAUGGGCUCUGAAACUGAAGGGCAUCCAGUUCGAGUAUGUUGAAGAGAAUCUUUCAAACAAGAGUCCCCUGCUGCUGCGAUACAACCCAGUUUAUAAAAAAGUUCCUGUUCUUGUACACAACGGUAGAUCAUUAGCAGAAUCACUCCUCAUUAUUGAAUAUAUUGAUGAAACAUGGAAACAGAAUCCACUCCUCCCAGAAGAUACAUAUGAAAGAGCUCAGGCACGCUUCUGGGCAAAAUUCUUCGAGGAGAAGUGUGUAUCUGAAAUUAUGGGCGCAUUUACCUUAAAAGGAGAGGAACAAGCGAAGGCUGCAAAAGCUAGGGAGUACCUGAAGACCCUGGAAAAGGGUCUUGAGGGGAGGCCAUUUUUUGCAGGUGAAACAAUAGGCUUCUUGGACAUUGCUGUUGGCUGGGUUGGUAUCUGGGGUCGAGUUGUUGAGGAAAUUGUAGGUGUGAAUCUGAUUGACGCAGAGACCAUGCCUUUGUUAACUGCUUGGUUGAACAAGUUUCUCGAAGUUCCCAUAAUCAAAGAGUGCAUACCAUCUUGGGAUGAAUUGCUUGAGCACAACAAAGGCUUCCACAAGAUUUUGACAGCUGCAUCAACCUGAAGCGCCCACAAACAUUUGUGAAAUGGUUUGUAAUGAUUUUUAAAUCAUAUAUAGUGCAUAUGAUUUGUAAUUUCA